UCGAAGUGGAAUUCUUUUCUCUGUCUCCUUCCCAGAAAGCUAAAAACCCAUGAAUAUUCCAAUUCAAAACCCUAUAUAAGACGCCUCCACUCGCCCAAUUUCCUCCGAGAAAAAACCAGAACCCUGGUUCUUCAAUUAUUAGCGACUGAGCUAAAGAAAGCCCUAUUUUGCUUUAUCCUAAAAAAAUUUGGAAACCUUGGUUUUUUGAGUUAUGGGAAAUUGCACCUCUCACUACUCUCCCUCACGAAAAACCCCUCCAACAAUCAUCGAUUUAGGGGGAAAUACCAGCCGAGUGCUCGAACACACGAAAAUCGCAGAAAUCAUGCUUGAAAAUCCGGGCCAUUUAGUUUCUCCGGUGGCCGGAAUAUUACGAACGCGCCGGAUAUCGGCCUUGAAAGCAGAUGAAGAGCUUGCUUCCGGUGAGGUUUACUUUAUUUUCCCGGCAAAUAGGCUCAAUUCUAGGGUUUCAGAUGAAGAGAUGGCAUUUUUAGAUGGGAAAAAGAGGGAAAAGAGUUCCCGGAAAGUUUUCCCGACGUCUGGAGAAAUGGCCGAGAAACCAGUGGCGUUGCCGAAGUUUACAGUGGAAGAAGCCGGAGAUUGUGAUACCGGUUUUGCGGGUCACCGGCUAGCAGUUUACAGGAACUGGAUGCCGGUUCUCGAGACGAUAUCCGAAGCUUAAAUACUACGUAAAAGCCCCUGUAAUUCUGUAAAUGACUAGCACGUCCUCAUAACAUUUUCCAAAGGGAAAACCUGACGAGUUGGCACUCAUGGCGUGAAGAGCCGUCCACAAAAGCCAAAAUGGCAUACCACACACGCCUGGUGCAGGUGUAAUUCUUUGAUUUUUCAUGGUUUCUCCAAAGAUAGAAGCUUUUGUAACCUGAUCCUAUUUCAAGGUUUCACCGUGCUAAUUGCUGUGUAAUUGGAAUGCAGUUUGCAUGUUUCAUUAUUAUCAUUCAAGCUUUAUCCCAAAUUUUUAGAAUUCAAUUCGUAAGUUUUAUUUUGUGCAA